UGGACGUCACACCACGGCCCACCAGCCCCUGGACUGUGGUGUCCAGUGCACGUCUGGCCACCAUGGGGGCCCCAGAGCCCUCCUGGUGCUUUCUGUUCCUUCCUGUCCUCCUGACUGUGGGAGGAUUAAGUCCCGUACAGGCCCAGAGUGACAAUUACCCAGGAUGCGAAUGUUCCUCUGUGAGCCCGGGUGUACUGGCUGGGAUUGUGCUGGGCGACUUGGUGCUGACUCUGCUCAUCGCCCUGGCAGUGUACUCUCUGGGCCGCCUGGUCUCUCGAGGCCGAGGGACUGCAGACGGGACCCGGAAACAGCACAUGGCUGAGACUGAGUCGCCUUAUCAGGAGCUUCAGGGUCAGAGGCCAGAAGUAUACAGUGACCUCAACACACAGAGGCAGUAUUACAGAUGAACCCACCCUAUGCCCACCAACAACCUGAUGCCCGGAUCCACUCAUUCCAGAUGCUUACUCAACAAACCCUCCCUGGGAUCAGGACUCCCGCUGGAAUAAAUAUCCACAGAGUGCCCUCUCGGAGUUAUCUGACCUUGUUUCUGUCCCCAAAUAAAAGACGGAGCAAAAACAA